AUGCCUCAUUACAUGUGUGUGAUCGUGGUCUUUAAUCCAAGGAGAAAUAAACAGUUCCAUAUCUUCAACCAGUCAAAGAAAACCCUGACAGCACUCUCAUUUUCUGGAGAUGGACGGUAUUUGGUUUCUGGCGAGUGUGGUCACAAUCCAGCAGUGCGGAUAUGGGAUGUUCAAGACAAAACACAAGUUGCUGAAUUCCAUGGACAUAAAUAUGGCAUUUCAUGUGUGCGUUUUUCACCGGAUAUGCAGUAUGUGGUAUCGAUUGGGGAGCAACAUGACAUGGUUGUCAAUGUGUGGGACUGGAAGAAGAAUAUCAAGCACUCAUCUGGAAAGAUUGCAGCCCAGCUCUACACAUCCAUACAAUGAGUGAAUCGGAGAAGGGCUGUAAUGUUGAUAUCCAGUUCUCUUAUUUAAAGGGUGAACAGUUCUGUUAUCGCAUGCCAAUGAAUUUUACUACAUGGUGUCCUCAUUCCACCAAGUUUAUCUACAUGUAAUAUCAUGAAUGAUGAAACCAUAAUGAAUACAUUUAUCACAGAGGUACUAGACACUGGAUUUAACCAAAUUGUUAAAAUAUGCCUACUAAAUAUGUGCAAUACAAGAUGCCCUCAUUCUACCAAGUUUCAUUAUACAUCAGAGAGGUGUAAGUGGAUGAUACCCAAUUCUCUAGUCAAUGAUUAAAGUAUGAACAGUGCUAUUAUAGCAUGCCAAUGCACUGUAAACUGCUCAGUUUCCCUAUACAAGAUGUCCUCAUUCCACAAAGUUAAUCAACUUGUAGUAUCAUGAAUGAUGAAACCAUAAUGAAUACAUGUAUCACAGAGGUGCUAGACAUUUGAUUUAACCAAAUUGUUAAAAUAUGAAGAGUGCUAUUAUAGCAUGCCAUUGCACUGUACACUAUUGCUCUGUUUUCUAGUUUCCCAAUACAAGAUGUCCUCAUUCAUCAAAGUUUAUCUAGUAUCAUCAAACCAUAGUAAACAUAUGACAUGUGUUAGUCUAGACAACACCAUACAGCUGUUGGGUUCAGAGCUAUAAAACUGUGUCUCCACUAGCUUUGUUUGGCAGUGUUUUUAUAUCUAGUAAAAUAUUACUUACAUUUAUUGAUUUAUAUCCUAUAUGAAGGAAUUCUUUAACACAACUCAGGAUGAAUUUAAAUUUUGCCUUGAGUAAAAAUUCUAGAUUUAUUUUUAUCUAAUGAAGAUAUUAAAGUAGUUAAAAUUAUGCAAAUCUUGCUUUAUUUUUUAUAUAUUCACAAAAGUUAGUUAUUAUACAAUGGCUAAUAAUGAAAGCCAUUUUUCUCAUUUCAGAUUACACAAUGCUAUAGCUCAACUAUGGUAUUAAAAUAAAGGUUACUUAAAAUCAAGAAUGUUAUAUUUCAUGACUCCCUUUGUUCCAUUGUCGGAGCAAUGAUAAUUUAUAAUGAACCUCAAGUGAAUAAGAAUUCGAAACAUGUUAUAUAUUUUUUAAAUGUUUUUAGAAUACUAAAAUGCUGUUAAUAAUGUAGUAGCACUUUAUAUCUUAUUAAUUAUCUCUUGAGAGCCAAAAGGGAAUUAAAUUACACAUUACAUACUAUCAGAUCAGUGCUUCAUA